CUGCCGCUGCAACCUCUCACCUUGAGAAUGCUAAACAUACUGCAUAGCUAUUUCUAGAGUUUUCCCCUGCUCCUGCUCCCCCCAUGUUUUAUGUGUGAAUGAGAGAGGGAGAGGGGGGAUUGAAUGUCUUAAUUCCAUCUCUGCUAACACUUUGCUCUAUGCAUGUCCCUAAUCCCGUCGGCCUGUUUAAAAAGGUGCGGCACCACUUCAGGGGGCUGCAGAGCACGUUGUACUUCCACAAGCUCCAUCCCUCCAGACAUCCUUCUCUCCCAUUUGCACAAGACUCCCUCCCUGUGUUUUAUUUUGACAAGAGGCACGGACUGUUUUAUCCAGUGUCAAGGACAAAAACAUCACCAUGAAUGGCACAGAGGGACCCAACUUUUAUGUCCCUAUGUCUAACAAGACGGGCUUGGUUCGCAGCCCAUUUGAGCACCCUCAGUACUACCUGGCGGAGCCCUGGAAAUACUCUCUGGUGGCUGCAUACAUGCUGUUCCUCAUCAUCACUGCGUUUCCCAUCAACUUCCUCACACUGCAUGUCACCGUGAAGCACAAGAAGCUGAGGACCCCUCUGAACUACGUCCUUCUCAACCUGGCAGUUGCAGAUCUCUUCAUGAUUAUCGGCGGCUUCACAGUCACCCUUUACACGGCCCUGCAUGGAUACUUCAGCUUAGGGGUCACUGGCUGCAACGUGGAAGGAUUCUUCGCCACCUUAGGGGGAGAGAUUGCUCUUUGGUCCCUGGUGGUUUUGGCUAUUGAACGUUACAUCGUGGUCUGUAAGCCAAUGACUAACUUCCGCUUUGGGGAGAAACACGCCAUCACUGGGCUGGCGUUCACAUGGGUCAUGGCCCUGACAUGUGCUGCUCCACCUCUCUUUGGAUGGUCCAGGUACAUCCCAGAGGGAAUGCAGUGUUCCUGCGGGAUUGACUACUACACUCCCAAGCCUGAGAUCAACAACACCUCAUUCGUCAUCUAUAUGUUCGUCCUCCAUUUCUGUGUUCCCCUCUUCAUCAUUUUCUUCUGCUACAGUCGCCUGCUCUGCACCGUGCGAGCGGCUGCAGCCCAGCAGCAGGAGUCUGAAACCACUCAGCGAGCAGAGAAAGAGGUGACACGCAUGGUCAUCGUCAUGGUGAUCUCCUUCCUGGUGUGUUGGCUGCCCUAUGCCAGCGUGGCUUGGUACAUCUUCGUCAAUCAGGGGGCCGAGUUUGGACCGGUGUUCAUGACUGCUCCGGCCUUUUUCGCUAAGAGUGCUGCUCUGUACAACCCAAUCAUCUACAUUCUGCUAAACAGACAGUUCAGAAACUGCAUGAUAACCACAGUGUGCUGUGGAAAAAACCCAUUUGGAGACGAUGAUCCUGCUGGUACUGCCAUCUCCAAAACCCAGACUUCAUCCGUCUCCUCCAGCCAGGUGGCCCCUGCUUGA